AUGGAUGACGGGACGCGAAUUCCGGAGGAUGUCGAGGUAUUCCUUCGCGCUGCACGGGCGAAGGAUACCUUCAAAUGCGCCGAACUUCUAAAAGAAACUCCUAGUCUUAUCAACUCCGUAGAGGCAGGCGGAUUUUCGGCGCUUCACUUUGCCGCAUUUAAUGGCGAUCUCGAGAUGAUUCGCAUUUUGCUUGAGUUCAAGCCAAACCUGGAACUGAGGAACUAUGAUAACAAUACUCCGUUAAUUAUGGCCGCGAAGGGUCAUCAGAAUUCUGCCAUCAAACUGUUGGUGGAUGCAGGCGCUGAGGUGAACCUCAGAACGCCUACGGGCGGAACGGCAGCACACUUUGCGGCUUCAAUGGGUUAUGUGGACACUGUUCGCUGUUUGGUGGAGCUUGGUGCGGAUGUUAUGCAUGAGGACAGCGAAACGGGAACACUGCUCCAUUGGGCCGCUCACUCUGGAGAUAUUAACUGCAUUGGAGAAAUGAUUUAUGGAUUCAAGAUUCCGAUUAACGUAAAGGACGCCCAUGGUGGAACGGCGCUUUUUACUGCUUUAUUCAUGAAGAAGUUUGAGGCGGUGGAAUUUCUCCUUGAACACGGUGCGGAUCCGCGGGUGAUGAUUGAGGGGGACAAAUCCACACCGCUUCAUAUCGCUGUGGAACACGCGAAUACGGAAUGCGUGAAGCUUCUUUUGGUUUUUGGUGCCGAUCCUCACGUGGCGAAUACAAGUGGCGAGACGCCCACCUCCCUUGCAGAGAAGGCUAAGAAUAAUAGCGCGCUCCGGGAGCUGAUGAAGCCCAUGCUCAGUGAGGAAAAGCGAAAAGAGGAGGCCGCACGCUUUAAGACUCAAGGAAAUAAAGUCUUUGAGGGAGGUGAGAACGUAAAAGCUGCCAAGUUCUAUACCCUAGCCAUUCACCUCGACAGUACGAAUCAUGUUUUCUUCAGCAACCGGGCGGCAGCCUAUUUUAACCAGCGCUACUACAACGGAGCGUACUGGGACUCGCUUCGCUGCAUCUCAUUGGCCCCCGACUGGCCAAAGGGAUAUUUCCGAAAGGCUGCGACGGAGCUCGCCAUGAAGAAGGCGGAUGAGGCGCUACAAACGUGCGAGCGGGGUCUGCGCCUGGAUCCCAAAAACAAAGAUCUUUUGACAAUAAAGGAAGAGGCCCGUCGACAGAGAAACAAAUGA